CAGAACUUCAUCACCUUGCGCCCUCUGCUUUACCCUUUGGAAAUGGCUGACCCAGCUCGAAAGAAUCACUACGAAACCUGCAUUCCUAGCGGCAUCAUCCAAGAGGGAAAGUGCACUAUUUUCACUAACAAGUACUACCCGCCGUCCCGCUGCGCCGUCAUUGCGCUUGCACUGCUAGAUAUUCCACAUAUUGAAGUCAAGAUCCCGUCAUUUGCGCCACCGGCGUGGAUGGAUGCCUGCGUUUGGUGUAGCUUUUGCCCCCGCGAGUACCCGUACCUAUAUGUUCCUCAGCAGCGCGCGCAAGCAGCGCCAAUGCACAUCCCUGGCACCAUGGGUGUUCUGCAUUACCUGAAUACGGCUACUAAUCGCUUGCCGUUUCCACUCCAUCCAAACGACCACCAGCACUUGGGGCGGUUCCUCGGGAGUCUGCUGGCAAUGUACAGCUACACGCUGCGCCGCCUGUGGCAAUGGGUGCGGACUAUCGACAACCUCUUGCGCGCAGCCGAUGCACACAACACAGGCCCAGCAUAUGGAGGAUCAGAGUACAUUGGCGUGGCAGAGAUUGCUGGGCUGGUGUACACUGGCCCACUGCAUCUGCUUGGAAACAGAUUUGGGCUGGAGCCGCCGCGCACACAAGAGUUUAACAGAUACUACCGCUGGCGCGACUUCGGCAUGGGGCAUCCGCUGCUCUCUGCGCUGACGACUUCUACCGAAAGCAUGCUACAGGAUGGGGAUUGCAUGAACGACAUCAGACAGUACGCCAGCGGCAAUGUCAUUCCAGCUGCACGUUAG